UUUAGCAUUUUGCCGUCGACUGCAUGAUUUGCAUUUUUCGCGAAAAACCACAAACCAUGUAAAAACAUUCAGAUUUUGGUGGGAUAUUGUGUAGUUUUUGAACGAGUGUGAGCGUUGAUUUGUUGCUUCUGCACCAGGCUGAUUGGAUCGGCAGCGGAAACCGAGUUGUAGAAACAGCGAGACAGCGACUUAUCGGUCUUCGCUGAGCGGACAUGCGUCUGAAUGCUGAUUGAAUCCUUGUUGCUUGCGUGUGCAUUUUGAAUUUCUUUGGCAGAUUAUUUUGCGAAGAUGUUGUGGCGAGUGGGGAGCCUGUCGGGGGGUCCGUGGCUGGUGCGCUGGCGGAGCGUCGGACGGUCUCCCUUCGCCGUCGCGCACGCGCAGCCGUCUGCUUGGGACAGCGCUGUGCAGCAGCAGUCCGCGCGCACUCUCGCCGUCUCCGCUCUCUACCCGACUUCUUUUCGGGGGAAUGAGUUUCCUUCGUCAUCAGCCCGCUGUCUUUCCACCUGGAAUUCCGGGGAUCCGCGCAGCGCUUCGUUUCGCAGCAGCGGCGAUUUUCAUGGCUCUUCGCUGAUUAUAAAUCCCACGGGACGGUGGUUGCAUCAGCCCGCGGCGGGCUGUCCCGGUCAUUCAUCCGUUUAUGCUCUACACAACGCGGUGCUGCACCACCAGCGGCGCUUCCUGCACGUCAGUCCGCGGCGGUGGGAGGCGGCGGAGGAGAAGUCGAAGGUGGAGCGCACGGUGGAGGCGCUGAAGAAGGACAAGCAGAGCAAGGAGCGCGUGCUGCAGCCGCCCGCGGUGGCCGGCGGCAGCGGCGGCGACAGCGCCGUCGCCGCGGCGCGGACGGAGGAGAAGGCGCUGGCCGCGCCGCCCAAGAAGACGCUGUGGCAGAAGGUGGUGGCGGAGUUGAAGCACUACUGGCACGGGUUUAAACUGCUUGCGGCCGAGACGCGCAUCUCCUGGGGACUGCUGAGGAAACUGCUGCGCGGCGAGUCGCUCAGUCGCCGCGAACACAAACAGUUGGUGCGCACCGUCUCCGACCUGUUCCGCAUGGUGCCCUUCGUCGUCAUUCUCGCCGUGCCCUUCGCGGAAUUCGCCCUGCCUUUCCUGCUGAAAUUCUUCCCCAACAUGCUGCCCAGCACCUUCGAGGAGAAAUCCAAAAAGGAAGAGUCGAUCCGGAAGAAGCUGAAGGUGAAGCUGGAGAUGGCCAAGUUCCUGCAGGAGACGAUCCACGAGACGGCGCUGGAGCACCAGGACCAGCAGAAGUCGACGCGCGCCGCCGAGUUCGCCGCCUUCUUCGACCGCAUCAAGGGCACGGGCGAGGAGGCCAGCACGGCGGAGAUCAUGAAGUUCGCCAAGUUGUUCGAGGACGACCUGACGCUGGACAACCUCCCGCGGGAGGUCGUCGUCGCCAUGUGCCGGCUGCUGGACAUCGGCACCUACGGCCUGCCGCCCGAGUUCCUCCGCUUCCAGCUGCGCAUGCGCCUCCGCAAUCUCCGCUCCGACGACAAGAUGAUCCAGAGGGAGGGCAUCGACAAGCUGGACGACGAGGAGCUGCAGGCGGCGUGUCGCGCCCGCGGCAUGCGCUCCAUCGGGGUGUCGCGGCAGCGGCUGCAGGCGCAGCUGGCGCAGUGGAUCGACCUGAGUCUGCGCGAGGAGAUCCCGCCCAGUCUGCUGCUGCUGACGCGCGCCAUGUACCUGCCCGACAACCUCACCACGCAGGAGCAGCUCAAGACCACGCUGGCCCAGAUGCCCGAGAAACUGGGUGAUGAAGUGGAGGUGAAGAUUGCCGAGGAGGAGGGCGCCAAGCCGGACUACGAGGUGAAGCUGCGACUGGUCAAGGAGGAGCAGGAGGCCAUCAAGCGCGAGGAGGCCGAGCGGAAGGAGCGCGAAGCCGAGGAGAAGGCCGCCGGGGCGGUGCAGACGCCUUCGCCUGUCUUGGCUGAAGUGCUGCUGAAGACGGCGCAGCUGAAGGACGUGAAACCUGCCGACGUGACGAAGACGGACUUGCAGAGCGUCAAGCCGUUGGUGCAGGAGAUCACCAAGCAGGACAUGGAGCACAUCGAGGACGUGAUCGAGAAGAUCAGCAAGGAGAAGUACAGUCUGCUGGAGCAGCAGGAUCUCAAGGAGGAGGUGCAGGAGUACAAGGAGGACAUCCAGGAACUGAAGCAGCUGCCCGAGGCGUCCAAGCUGCAGGAGUCGAAGGCGGCCAGACGGCUGACGAAGCGCGUGGACAAGAUGCUGACCAGCAUGGAGAAGCUGAUGCAGGAUCUGGAGACGCAGAAGAGCGACCUCAAGACGGAGAUCAAGGACGACAAGGCGCAGCUCCAGCAGCUGCAGAAGGCCGAGGACGCCGACCGGCAGCGCAUGCUGGACAUGGUCGACGCCAUGGACCAGAAAAAGGAUAACUUGCUGAGCAUCGAGCACCUGAUGGGCACGAUGCGGGAGUUGGGCAAGGUGCCGGAUGAUGCGCGGUUGGCGCGGGUGGAGCAGGUGCUGCGCAUGCUGGACAUCAACAAGGACGGCAACAUCGAGCUGGAGCACGCCCUCAAGGUGAUUGAGUUGAUCGGGGAGGAGAACUUCAAGAUCAGUCCGAAGCAGAUGGAGGAGGUGAUGGAGGUGCUGCGCAAGGAGGAGCUGCUGGAGGACAAGGACCAGCAGGGCGCGGCCAGCAACGGGGCCAAGGACCAGGACAAGGAGACCGGCGGCAGCGCCAACGGCCAGAAGGGCCAGGGCGCCGCCAAGAACAGUCCCACCCCCGGCCCCGCCAACGGCCGCGAGCCCUGAGCGCGGGGAAUAUGCAGCGGGACCGGAAGUUUGGAUAGAGCUGUCUAAUUCAAUGGCCUGACAAGUAUUUAUUCCCUAGAAAUAAUUAUGACUGGUUUCUUGUGUUUUGGUCUUGUGACAUUAACGCACGUGGGUAUGAAUGGUGAUUGCAUUGAUUGGUGUGUUGGUCAGUGGCCGAUGUGAUGGAUGGUGGUUUUUUUAUUUGUCUUACUCAUCGCCUUUUUUGUCUGGACUCUGACCCGUGAGCAGAUUGUGCGGCUUGCUAAUGCGCACUUUAGGUGCUGAAAGUUCCGGAUAAAACAAAUUC